CUGACUGCUCGGCUCUCCGCUCCUCCGGACACAGCGCCGCGUAAAAAUGCUGCUCUCUGUGCCGCCAAGGACAGGAUUCAACCCGUACAACGGCUACACGGGCAAAAUCAUCAAGAAGCAGACGUAUGUGUCCCCUUCCAACCAUCACAUGGCUCCUCCAAGCCCCAACCACAACAACAAUAGCAACACCACCUCCAUCAGCAAUGGCAGCAGCUGCAGCAGUGGGGGAGAGCAGCUGAGCAAAACCAACCUGUACAUCCGCGGACUCCACCCAGGAACCACCGACCAGGAUCUAGUCAAACUCUGCCAGCCGUAUGGAAAAAUCGUGUCCACCAAGGCCAUCUUGGACAAGACUACCAACAAGUGCAAAGGCUAUGGCUUUGUUGACUUUGACAGUCCGGGCUCAGCUCAGAAGGCAGUGACAGCGCUGAAGGCGGGAGGAGUGCAGGCUCAGAUGGCCAAGCAACAAGAGCAGGACCCCACCAACUUAUACAUCUCCAAUCUGCCGAUGUCCAUGGACGAGCAGGAGCUGGAGAGCAUGCUGAAGCCCUUCAGCCAGGCCAUUUCCACCCGAAUCCUCCGUGACGCCAACGGAACCAGCAGAGGAGUGGGCUUUGCCAGGAUGGAGUCAACAGAGAAAUGUGAAGCUAUCAUCCAACAUUUCAAUGGAAAAUAUAUCAAGACUCCUCCUGGAGUUCCAGUGCCACCAGAGCCCCUGUUGUGUAAGUUUGCUGACGGAGGCCAGAAGAAGCGUCAGAGCCAAGGAAAAUAUCUGCAGAACGGCCGGCCCUGGGCGAGAGAUGGCGACACUGGAGGAAUGACUCUGACCUAUGACCCCACCACAGCCUUACAGAACGGAUUCUACUCCUCUCCAUACAGCAUCGCCCCCAACAGGAUGAUGGGGCCCACCUCCCUCUCCCCAUACAUGCAUUCACCUAUGUCCACCUACCAGGUACACAACCCAUCCUGGCUACAUCACCAGUCCUACAUCAUGCCGCCCACAGGAGCCGUCCUGACGCCAGGAAUGGACCACACCAUGUCCAUCCAGCCCACCUCCAUGAUGGGGCCCCUGGCGCAGCAGCUCAGCCACCUCUCCAUGGGCAGCAGCGGCACCUACAUGCCUGCUAACACGUCUAUGCAGGGGACCUACAUCCCCCAGUACACCCAAGUGCCUUCCGCCAACAUCUCAGUUGAGGAAAGUGCCGUCCAGCCACCUGUUGCCAUAGAGACAGCCACAGAACACGCAGCCUACACCUACCAGCAUAACAAGUGAAGAGGUGGCAGAGAUCUUCUCCUGGAGCCGGAGUUGCUCUCUCGAGGGGCCCAAAGUGCUGAAACUCUGCACACGACUCUGAACGUAUGGCACCAGACACUCGGGAGGAACACGGACUGUUACACAGAAAGGACAACAAAAUAUAUAUUUUCUACAAACUCAUAUUUUAAAACAAACUCUUUAACUUCAAACAACCCCGGCUGGAGGAUGGCAGGCAAUGGAAGAACAGAACAAGGAUGCAUCUAUUUUGAUAUAGGUCAAGAAAAGAGUCAAACACAGACACACACAGUCAAUGCUUCAAAGUUUUUGUGAAAGUUAUAUAUUAUUUUCGAAUAAUACUCCGGGGAGCUAGAAUGAAACCAGGAAAACACCAUUUCAACACCAUGUUUUAUUUUGAGUCAUGUUUCUUUCACUUUUUUGUAAGACAUGCCGAUUUUACUUUGUUAGUUUGAUGCUUUCAGGCUUUGAACCUGCCUUUUUGUACAUAACUCUUUGUUUUGGUGUGUUUCUUGCUUCAUGUGUCCUAGUUUGACUGAUGCAAAUGUAUAAAUACAGGGCUCUCUAGGCUAAAAGGAGAAGUAUUUCCAGAAGUUCAUGCUUUAGACCUCUCUCAAAGUAACAGCAAUUUGAUCAGGUAUGAAACCUUACCUGAGGUGGUCUCGCUUCUUUUUGGCACUUCAAAUAAUUUAUAGUUCCAACAAUCUCGAUAAAGCUGCAGACAAUCAUAAGAUAACAAAAAAGAUAACAUGUAGAGAUGAUUUCACAGGAAGACUUAUUUUAAAGAGCUAGAUUAAAGCAUUCCAGAGAUUAUUCACAGGAAGAUGAGCUGCUCCACUCCAACGUUUUCUUACAUCUCACACAGAGCUGCCUGUAAAUAAGAGAUUUAAAUGUAUUUAGGCUUUCUUUUGAUUUCCUAUCAUCAGUCUAGUAAUGCUUCAGUUCUUUUAAUAACAAUAUUAUACCAAAUUGUCUGAACAAUGCAAUAUAUGUAUUGCUGUGUUUUUUGUAUGAGGGGAAGCUGAUUCUCCACAACAUCCCAAAAAUGUUUCUGAAGCAAGAAUUAGAUGUUGUUAUUAGAGUUUGAAGUUCUUAUUACAUGGACAUGGAGAACAACUGCUAAAGUGUGGCUCUGUUAUUCCAUCAGAAAACACUAUCAAGGUUUAUUAUGGCCAGUUUAAUACUGGCCAUUGUUUUGUGUUUGCAUCUGCUUACUUACUUCUACCUACUUACUGCAUUUCUGUUUUUCACCCUCAUGUUUUUUUACAUUUCUUAUUUAAAGGUUUUCUUGUUUUGUUUUGAUUCAGUUUUAAUACGUUUAAGAUUUUUUUCCUAUUUUUCAAAGAAGUUGUGUGUUUAUUUUUGAUAGUGUGUUGUGUGCUUCACAUAGUGUGAAAUAGAUGUUUUCAUCUUUUUUUGAAAUAGUGAUUUGUUUUUAAGUUUGCAUACUUCUCUUGUUCUGUUGUCAGUGUUCAUGUCAAAGACAUUUCAGUUCUGUCUGUGUUACAAAUGUUGGCACUACUCCUGAUAGUUACAUAUGCUAGGUUCAGAUACAGAGUUGUUCCCCAAGCAUUUGGGAACAAUGUUAGAGAAAUACUUGCUCAAUACCUCGACUUACCUCAUCCUGCCAGAGAAACGUAGAUUCAGUUUGUGUACAUGGUUCACAGGCAAUAACCAACAACAGUAGGUCUCAUGGCUGUUCACAGCUGGUACUGUGUCCACUUCUUCCAACUCCUCCGUCCAGUGUUUGGAAACACUCCCAAGGUCUGACGAUCUAUGCAAUUAAUUUAUGGUCCUUACAAAUGCAAUACUCCAGAUAUCCCUUCCAUCGUGAAAGUGAUCGCCUCACAAUAUGACUUCACAUUCUGCCUCACUGAUUUUAUCUUUGAUAAGAAUUGUUUGCUUUCUGACUGACACAUUCAUGUCUGGUUCAUUAACUGUUAGUACAAUUGCUGCAUUAAAAGGGAACUAUUUCAAACCAAAAUCUGGUUGUUUAAAUGACUGUAAAAAGUAGGAACUCCAAGAAAUAUAAAAAUGGCAGGUGUCGUCCACUUAUCUACCCAACUUCUAUUUUACAUGAAGAUGUAAUUCAUUCUUCCAUCCGGUAGCAUUUUUUAUGUUCUGGUUACAUUUUUUCAAUCUGGUCCCGUUAGUCAAAUUGCUUUUUGCUUAGUAGGUGACAUGGCUUCAUUUCCAGGAGAAAAUUAAACUUCACAGAAAUGCCUUAGAUGUAAGGUUUGUCAUAUCGAACGUCUCUGAACAUGGAUCUAUGAAGCAACAUAGAAACAUUUACAUUUUUAAAUUACUAUCUUCGUUUCCACUGUCAUUCAAAUAUUUGCAUCCAAAAUGUUGAAAGUAAAUGUAAUGAUGGCUAAUUUAGUGUAAAUAACUAUUGCUGCUAAUAGAAAUGUUUAGGUCAUCACAUUUAAGUCACAUGGGGUCAGUUUGUAACUCAUGUUCAGAGAUGUGUGUGUUUUGUUUGUAGUGUGCAUCCACCAACCUCUCAGUAAAUGUUCAGUCGGUCUCCUUCAUAGAAUAAAACCCUAAAGCUAUUAAACAUUUAACUUUGUUUAGAUUUGGAACUUGUCAUUUUUUUUUUUGAAUAAAUUGUUUUCCCUGUG